GGUGACUGCUCCCCACCUUGCCAGACCGAAAGAAAAUGUGUUCAUGUUCAAACCAAACACAUAAUACUGUUUGAAAGAAUGAAUAACUAAAUCCUGCAAUUUUCAACCUUUUUGUUCAGCACUUGUAACCAUAGAAACAUAAAUCAUGAGGCUAACUGUGGUUUUGAGGCGACAGCACAUGAAGCGGUUCUGGAAUGACUUGUGGGAAAGGAAAGGAAAGUUUCCAGCCACACCUCCACAAAUACCCAAAGUGUUGCAAGAAAAAGGGGUGACUGUCAUUGACCCUACAGAGAAGGCACCUCUACCACGAUGGAACCCGCCAGUGGAGGAUCCACGCUUUUAUAAACCCAUCCCCGUAGAAGAAAGACCAGACUACCAUGAAGAACAGGCCUAUAUUGCCAUGCCUCACACACGCUUGAUAGAAGGUGUGAAGCAAGCGUGUAUUCUGACCAAGAGUGAGUGUCGUACUGGUUUCCCUCCGUCCGUUCACGAGUUGAUUGGUCAAGUCGAGAUACCCAACCAGGACCUGUUGUUGCAGCGAUACAUCAUGCAGGCUCACGUCUGGGACCCCACACAAGAGAAACUGCCAAAGAGAAUUGACACCAGCAAAGUGGGAUGGAAGUUCAACCGAGAGUACGGAAUACCCCGGGGACGUUCCGCGACGAUGUUGAUGAAGAACAUGCUGAGACUGUGUCAGACAUUGGCAGGACGUUACCCCAGCAUAGCCAAUGACUUCAGGCUCAUUUAUAAACCAUAUCUCGGAACCCACUACUAUUACAAAGAUAAACUGAUCAACAUCCAGGGCCUCAGUGAAUGGCUGCUGUCGUCCAGGAACCCUCUGCUGCCAUUUGCCGAUGUAGACGAGGUGGACGGGACGGCCGCAAAACCCCUCGACACCAUUUACCCAAUAUUCCCAACCAUCGACCUACUCAAAGAACACUGCUACAGUGUUCAGAACCAAACAGGUUUUGUUAAGGAAUGUAGUCACUCCCACCCUCACACGAUAUUCGUGUCUCACCACAACUACUGGACCAACGACCAGAGACAGGCAAAAUGUCUCCUCUUUGCUUUCGGCUACGCUGUCGCCAAUGCCAGGAAGAGAUUUGGGGACAGAAUUCAGACGUUACCUGAGCCGAUCAGCGUGCAGUGCGUGAACAUGGACGAGACGUCCAUCAACUUCCUCUUCUUCCAGCUGAACACUCUCAACUUCGGUUCCGACGAUGGCGUCAAGAACAUCGCGUGGGUCGACAGUGGCAACGUCCUGUUCGAGAAGCACCUACCGAAACCCUGGCUCGGACCAGAGCACGAAACAUUGCGCUUAGAUAACUAUGACCCGAAACCAUUUCACAAAGUGCUAGCCGUGUUUGUUAAUGGCGCUGAAGGUGUCAGUACGUGAUGUGGAUGACAAAAUUAGCAUAAUGUUUGACAAUCCAAUAGCCGAUGAUUGAUAAAUCAGUGUGCGCUAGUGGUAUCGUUAAACAAAAUAAACUUUAAAUGUUAAUGGUGUUGAAGGUGUCAGUACAUGAUAUAGACGACCAUGUGGUGUGGUGUACAUUGAUAGUUCGUCCCACAGAAAACACCUUUUUUGUACUAUGGAAUUUACUACAAGUUAUUUAUUUCUGAGCCAAUUGUUUUGUAAAUUACGCACAAAAUUAGUAAAAAAAAAUUGUUAUUUCUAAAACACUUUUACUUUUCUUGUUAUGUCAAACCAAACUGAAAUUAUUUACAAAAAAAAAAAAUUGUAGGAGGAUGGGACGGACUAUAAGUAGAUCUAUGCAUAGCAGGAUUAGCUAUGGUACUAGCCAAAUUCACUGUUUGCGAAUUCUGAAAACAACUGGCAAGUUUUAUUUCAAUUUGUCGAAAUAAUUUCAUGUAAUAAUUGAUAUGAUUGUGUUAGAAAAUAAAAAGGGUUUUUGCAGUUUGUGAUGUUUGACAGAUACAUGUAAUUUGGGGAAAUAAUUUCAUCUAAUAAUUGAUAUUAUGUUAGAAAAUAACUGGGUUUUUGCAAUUUUUGAUGUUUAAUAGAUAAUUUGGCGAAAUAAUUACAUGUAAUAAUUAAAGGCAUACUGUCACGGAUUUAACCUUCUGAGU